AGAGUUAGUGCUGAGAGGCAUCGAUAGUUCACAUUUUGUAUAUAUUCCAGUGCAAUCCAGUUGGUUUAUAUAAUGAAAAAAAGAAAGGUUUGGAAGUUUCGAAUGUCAUCUUUGAAUUUUCAAGUAAACCACCACAAUCACACUACUCAGUUUAGUGACUUCUUAAGCGAACUAAAAAAAGCAGAGUUAGCGCACUUAUGGCGUAGCUGUUUUAAUAACCAUCGAAGUAUCUUGCAAAAUAAUAUCCACUGUCGUGUAUCAAAGACAACGACUUGCAAAUCAAUUUUGGAUAAUUUUAUGGAUGUACUUUCAAACCCACAGAAUUUGAACUUCGUUAAAUGUCUUAAUUGCACAUAUAAUCAGAAUGAACUCAUGAUGGAUUACGAUGUUGUCGGAGUAUCUCUCUAUGAUGUAAUCAAGUAUAGUCCCGGCCGCCUAAAAAAUCACAACACACUGUUAUUUCUCACUUAUCAGGCAAUUCAUACCAUCACUCAAUUACACGAAAUAAAUUUACCCCAUAGUGGUAUAACAUUGGAUAAUAUAUUUGUAGACGAAAAGUUCAACAUCUUUCUUGGUCUCCCAAAAACCAUUGACUUUUUGUCAAACAUGAAGACAAAUGAGUUAAACGAAGAGGAAAAUACCACAGAAAUCGAUAUUGCUGUGUGCAGUAGUAGUAAGCUGUCCACGAUGACAACUAAUUGGAUACUUCACAAAGUUACAAACUAUGAUUACCUGAUGUUUCUAAAUGAACUGGCUGGUCGACAUAAGGGGGAUCCAUCAAACAGUGCAAUUUUACCAUGGAUAACAAAUUUUGAUACGCCUUUGGGACAGCUAAGGGAUUUAACAAAAUCAAAGUAUCAUUUGUGUAAAGGAGAAGAUCAAUUGGAUGCAAAUUUUACGACAUCUCUAUAUAAUCAUACAAUAUCUAAGCGUCCUAGUUGGCCACUAGGUACUUAUAAUGUGGAAGAAGAUUAUGAUAUUAGGAAUCAUCAUCAGGAUUUUAUGAAAUUGUGUAAUGAUUUGGGUACCUGUAGUAUAAGUAAUGCAGAUACCAACUUGGCGUGCAAUAAUGUAGAUGCAUGUAUAUCUAAUGAUAACAGGAAAAAUAAUACGAAUUAUACUUUUUCUCCUCACCAUUUGUUGGAUAUAAUGCCUGAUUUAGCAUACUACACAUACAUGGCUAGAAAAACUCCCUUGUCCUUGUUGACACAGUUUGUACGUCCUGUUUAUCAACCUCAAGAAUUUCCAACGACUAUUGCACGAUUAUAUGAAUCUACUCCAGACGAAUGCAUCCCGGAGUUUUUCACAGAUCCGUCAGUUUUCUCUUCUAUUCACCCCGAUAUGGCUGACCUUGGCCUGCCGUCUUGGUGUUCUUCUCCUGAAGAGUUUAUUAAAUAUCACUCUAAACUUCUGGAAAGUGAUGAAGUAUCUAGUAAUUUGCACCACUGGAUCGAUCUAAACUUUGGAUACAAAUUAUUUGGUUCAGCUGCAGUGAAUGCUAAAAAUGUUCAUCUAGAAUUGUCAGGUGAUCAAACUGCUUUACGUUGUACUGGUGUCGUAUGUUUAUUUCGUACACCACAUCCUCAAAGAAUUUGUAGUAAAAAAUUAUCAAGAUAUUUUGGUGCGACACUACCAGAUAUAUUUCAAUUGGAUGUAAAUCCUCCAACUUCUAAACACAAUUCAGUCGGUAUGAAAAUGCAUGCAAAUAACUCUCCAAAUGAAGUGUCUUGGAGAAAAAACAAUCAUACUCUAGCGAAGUCGAUUUCUAGUUCUAAGGUUAAUCAUACUAUAAAUAUGCCGACAGGCGAUAGAGAUCUAUGUUUCAAAAAUAGAAUAUGGCUUCCUGAUGAUUAUGAUCCGUUAGAAUUAAUUAAUAUGCAUCAAAAUCUGUGCAAAUUUCUGUACAUUGAAACACAUAUACAAGAUUUAAAUGGUCUAGAACUUACUCAAUCAUCAAAGCUGAAUACUUAUGAUAAUGAUUUUGACAAUUUAUUCAAAAUUGAUCUCGAAUCAUUGGCUUGUCUCAUUGUUGAAUUAAGUUUAUUUUCAAUAGUCAAUUAUGUUGAAGUUAAUAAAUGGAGUCAUGGGGAACGUGUUAAUUUUGCACGUUUGCAAGCACGUUUACAUUGGGAUAAAAUACCAAAUUGUCUUCAUGAUGCUGUCAAUUCUGUUUUACAUCCAUUUGAUCAAAAUCUUAUUGGAGAACAAUUUGAUGAACGUUUUUUACCAACUGUAGAUAUUUUUCUUCAUUUAAUAUGUGAAUUUCCACCUUAUAUUUUCGAUUUAUUAUAUAUUCGAGAUUGGCUAAUUAAUAUCGAUUCCAACCAAUCAUUUCAACAGUUACAAUCGUUCUCACCCUACAUACCAAAAACAUGCUUGCUCUCAGCAUUUUUCCCUAGUAAUCAUCAAAGUGAAUUGUAUAAUCUGGUAAAUUUGUCAACUGUUCACAUUCCAAUUGAUGUAAUCAGAUUACUAUAUCCAUAUAUUCAAUCAGCAGUGUAUGCAAAUCCUAAUUGGUUUGUGAAUAUUUUAAAUUCAUCCAAAAUGUUAGAGCUGUUUUCAACAAUAGGAGGUCUUGAAUUCAUACGAUCACAUCUUCUCCCACUAAUUAUCUAUCUAUACAAACCUGAACAACUUAAACGUAUGUCAAGUGAUAUCUCCCCGAGAAUUCCUCUUGCUUUAUUAUAUUCACGUUUAUUUCUACGUCGUUUAUUGGCUUAUUUAAAUGUGAACACAUUUCUUGUACAUAUUUUACCUUAUAUAACCCUUAGUCUUAUUGGCGGCAGUAUAAACGCUUUAUCUGAUGAAAAUAUUGUAUGGCAUCAAAGAAGUUAUGCUGGCCUUACAAAUGAACAAAUAGAUUCUAAGAAUUCAAAUACUAGCCAAAACACGCCUGAAUCAUUGAGUCGCAAUCUAGAAUUAAAUGAUGAAUCUUUAAUAUAUGAUCAAGAGGAAAAUAUAUCAGCGCAUUGCGACUUAUUGUUUUAUAAACAAGAUGUUAUGAAUGUAGAUGAGAUUGGAAUUGAUCUUCGGAGUUUAAUAAAUGAUGAAGAAUUUCAAUUCUUAGAAGAUGCUAAAAGUUUAUCUAUGUUCACUUGCGUAAAGUUCAAUGAAGAAGAAUGUGAUGUUAGUGGCAAAUCGCUUAACAGUUGUACAAAUGAUGUAACAUCAGCAAUUUCUCUUCAUUCCUCAAAUUCCAUUACGCAUAAUUGUGACGUAUCACAAUUGUUACAUGACAGUUUAACCGAAGAUAAAUCUGUUUGUGGUGAACCGAAGAAGGUUUCAUUUUCAAAUAAAACAUCCUUUAAUAAUCGUAAUAGCAGUAGUAAUUGUUCUAAUAUAAGCAGCAUUCCACCAAUCACUGCAGCUAUGGAUAGUCUUGAUUGGCUUUCUAGACGUAUUGGUCCUGUAAUGACGAUUAAAUAUAUUGUUAAGUAUUUAUUAACUACAUUGACAUUGUGCUAUGAAGGUAAAAGUCAACUAUCUGUUAAUAUUGUCAAUAAUAUUUCAUCUGACAAAUGUUUACAAAUUAAUAAUCGUCCAUUAAUUGGAGAUCGUUCAGCAUUUAGUGUUUUAAGAUGUUUAGUACAGUUAGUACAAAUUUAUGGUGUAUCUAUUGUUAUAGAUAUAUAUUUACCUUAUGUUAUAAAAACAAUCACAUCAAUUAUUACUAAUCUUAAUCCUGUAUCAUCAGAAUGUAUAAAUAUUAAUAAUUUAAAUCAAACUAAUAGUCAUUGUAUAAAUCCAUUGGAAUCUGUUAGAAGUAAUGAAGCAAAUGUAUCGACAAUGUUAUUCAAUUUUAAUUAUCAUUAUUUAGCACGACUCGUUGGAGUUCUUACUUUAUUGUAUCAAAUUGUUAUCUAUAUACCGGAUAAUGAACUUGUUGAAUUAUUACAAGAAUCCAUUAUACAAGACAUUCUUAUUAAAGCAGUUCAAAUGUCUGGUCGUUUAGAUAUUAGUUUUCCCGGCGGUGUUAUUGGACGUCGUGCUGUUCUAUAUAAAUUUAUUAAUGUUGUCUAUAUAAUUGGUUUAAGAGUUGGUUUUGAAUUGACACGUACUCAACUGACAUCAAUAUUUCAAGUAUUUUUCGCACUUUUCGAUCGUGUUAUCAAUACUACUGCUACAAAACGCAUUUUAAAAGACAAUUGCUUAUUUGUUGGUAAUAAUAAUGAUAAAUGUCAACAACGUUGUGUUGAUGAUCCAGAACUACAGUUCACAGCAACAUCUCAAGUAACAAAUGUAGAAGAGAUUGCACAAAAGUCAAAUCUAACUAAUAUUUUUACUGAAUUAAUUGAAACAUUCGAUUGUGAUCUCGCUCGACUGGCAUAUAUUUCAUUUUGUCAUCUCGCUGGUGGCACAUAUAUUGAUGAUUGUUUAUACAACACACAAUCUAUUCAAAAAUUAAUUAAUCAACUGAUAUCUAACGAAUCAAAUGAUACACUGAAACAAUCGUGUUCUGAUGAAUCUAAUAAAACAGCAACCAUUUCUAACGAUGCUGCUGUUAACGUUCAAGAUGUUCAAUUGUCAAAUCGUAGUAAAAUUGAUUUUGAAGCUACUUUAUUUGCUAGUUCAGCAUUGUGUAACGACUGCAAUUUUCAUUUGCGUGGUUCUUGGCGUCAAGUUAUUUAUGAAGUCCUUGAGACUAGCUCCAACCAGUCAGCUUCCCUUCCAAAGUAUCAUGGUAUACAAGUGGCUGCAUUCACAGGCCAUAUUAACAAAAUCAAUUGUAUCACGCAUUUAAAUACUGAAAAUUGUUUCAUUACAACAAGUCGUGAUAAAACAGUUCAGUUAUGGUCAUUAACUGAUACUUAUAAUUCUGAUCAACAUUCUGUAUCCAUCAAUCAUAAAAUAACUAAUAAUAAUAAUGUGAAUAAUUCAAAUAAAAGUCUACCUAUUGAUUCAAGUAAUAAUGUAGUUGCUCGUCUAGUAUACAGAGCACAUAGAAAAUCUGUAAUUGCUGCGCAUUAUCUGGAACCUUAUCGAUUAGUGGCUUCUAUUGAUAGUUGUCUAAUCUUCUGGGAUCCAUGGAUGGGGAAAACAGUAAGAUCCAAUAAUCAAAGCGAAAAUUCAAGUUGGCAAAAUCUAACUGCAAUAAAUUGUAGCUCUGUUCCUUAUGGAGCUGUUAUCUGUUCUGACCAGUCAGGUUUUGUACACCUUAUAGAUCCUCGUGCUGUGUGUUCCGGAAGAACAGGGAGUUUACGUUUCCAUAGUGGUGCAAAUUUAGCUUCAUUUCUAAUAAACAAAGAACGCUCAAAAUUUGAAACUCCUAUCAAUGAAUCAAUCAAGCAUACAAGAUAUAAUACGAAAUUAUGCUCUCCUUCUUUUUACAACCAGUCUACAAUGGAUUUAUCUAUCACAAAUAUUAUGAUGAACAUAACUAAUCAAUUUCAACCGUAUCAUUUAUCAAUUAAUUCGUUUACUAAUACAAACAGUAAUUCUUCAAUUUCUUCUCUACUAAAUGCUAAUACAAAUAUGACUGGUUUGUUAAAUUGUUUAACAACUAGUCGAAACGGUUAUUAUUUAUUGUGUGGUUUUACAACAGGCAUAAUUACUGCAUUAGAUCUACGAAUGGGACAAGUUAUUCACAUAUGGAGAGAAUAUCAGGAUUCAGUAGUUGAUAUUAUCCCACAUCUUUUGAAUGGAUUUAUAUCAUGUAACGAUCGAAUUUUGUCAUUCAUUAAUCCAACUACUUUAUCAAAAUUCAAUCAGGAUUCGUUAUCAACUUCAUAUAGUGAAUUAGAAACUUUUAAUUAUUUACCGAAUAAACCCACCAUUGUUUUAAAACCAAAAUCUAUUCGAAUCCCAUCAACACUCCAGAAUAUCACAUGUUUAACUAAACAUCAAGAAAAUCCUAUAUUUUGUGCUAAUUCUCUACCUUCAUCAUAUCCAUUACCGAGUACAAGUCGUUUCCCAAUUUUUGGCAGUGGAAGUGGAAUCGGAGGAACAAAUAAUGUAACUACUAACUCAGAUAAAUCAUCAUUGUCAUCCAUAAUAAACGAGACGUCAACUACACCGUUGUCAACUGUUACAACAGUACCACAACCAUACUACAAUACUACUAAUAAUAACAGUGGAACAAUAUUAGCAACUUGUUCAUAUCCAUUCAAUAAUAAUAAUGAUAAUAAUAAUAAUAUAAAUGAAAACUUUUAUACAUUAGGCAGAAUUUCUUCACAUUUUCUACGUGGUUCCAUUAGCGCCAUUAGUUCAUUAUCAGAAAAUAAUUUAUUAUUAAUAGGAAGUGAUACUGGUGCAUUAAGUUUAUUAUAUUAAAUUUAAAUCAAUUAUGUAAAAUAGUUUAUAAUGAAAUUUUCAAUAGUGAUUUUGAAGAAAAAAAAGGCAUUUCACGUUGAUUUGUUUAUUUUGUCUUUUUUUUUUUGUUUGUCGACACUAUUUACAUACUAACAAAAUGUGUAUUACACAAUAGAUCAAUUUAAGUAAACAGCACUAUAAUACACAAAUAUAUAUUCACUUAUUCAAACAUUCUGAAGUUACUGUACUAUUCUUCUUAUUAUUAUUAUUAUCAUUAUUAACAUUCCUUUAUGGUGAAAUGAGAAACAUCAGAUCAUUUGAAUACUUUGUUAUACAUAUAUGUGUAUACUUUUGUAAACCGUUAUUCAAUUUACACUGAUCUCGAUAAUAAUAAUGAUUGUAUUGGAAACGAUUUUGUGCUGGUUUUCCAAUGAAUUAUUUUUUUAAUGUUGAUAAUAAUAAUCACUGUUUAUUCCUACUUUUCUAUUAUUGACUCUAUUUUUAUGACUCUUAUGUUUUCUUUUUUGGUCAUCCGUUACCAACUUACUUUUUAUUAAAUGCUGAAAUAUUGAAUUUUUGUUAUUUUCCCCUUUAUUUUUCUCAAAUACAAUGAAGGCAAUAUUAAAAUGUAAAUGAUAACUCCAUUUGUUUUAUCCUUUUUAGUAAAAAAAAGGAAAAAAGAAAGAGAAAACAAAUAAACACCAGACUUCUUUUGAAUGACGUGUGUGAUUUAAAUCCAUAGAUGACAUUUUGUUUUUUAAUUAUAUUUAAUUGUAACUGAAUGUAUCAGGUUAAACAACAAUUUUAAUUUUUGUGGUCUUGAUAGGGAUCUACGGAAACGCAUGGGAUUGAGAAUCAACCAGUCGAGUUAAUUAUGUGGCAGUUUUAUUAGUGGCAGCUUCUGUAUUUCUUGUAAAAAUUAUUAAUAACAUUAAUUUUUUCUUCGAUAAUUUGACAUGAAUUGAGCACACACACACUUAUCUCUCUCUCUGUAUCUUAUCAGACAAUAAUUUUGGAAUAAUCAUUUUCCCUGUUGCUCUUUUGCUUCACAAUAUUAAUUUUGAAUGGUUUUCCUCAUUUGUUAAUAAUUUAAACUGGAAAGAUAAAAGGAUUCAUGUACA